AUGACUUUGCGAGGAGCAGCUCAGGAUUGGUUCCAUACCCUGCUAUCAGGGUUAAUCAGCAACUUCAAGAAGCUUGCUUAUGUUUUUACCAAAGAGUACACUUCUUACCAAAUGAUGAAAAAGAACCUUGACCACUUGUACAACCUAGGCAAGAAGCCUGACGAAUCCCUUCGAGCUUACAUCAAGAGAUUCAAAGCCAAAAAGGCCAACAUCGUAGGGUGUGAUGACCGAAUCGCAUCCUCUGCAAUCAAGGAAGGUCUUCCAGCAGAACACAACUUAUGCCAUGAGUUGACUAUGACUUCCAGCCAGACUCUGGCAGAGGUUUUCACUACCGCGGAACGCUACGCGCUCUGGGAUGAUGAUCGAAUCGCCUCGAAGAAGUCCACUGAGCAGGAAGAUCUGAUGACCAAGCGAGCAUAUGAAAGAAGUGACAAGCUUGGCAGCAAGGACAAAGACAAACGCACAUCGCGCCCACAAGGCGAAGCCACGACAAAGGAGAACUACACCAAGUUCUCCAUCCAUAUACAUCAAAUUUUAGCCCAAGUGAAGGACAAACCUUGGGUAAAAAGGCUGCCACCCUUGAAAGGAGAUCCGAGUAAGAGGGAUACCAGAAAGUAUUGUGCUUUCCAUGGGACACACGGGCAUAAUACGAAUAAUUGCUUUGCUUGA